AUGCUUGCUCGUCUAACAAAUAGGAAUAGUGUCUAUUCUGUUUCUUCAAGAUCGUCUUCCCAAAUCAAUGUAAUCGAUUGUCACUUCCUGUCCUUUCUUUAUGUACUUACAAUGUCUGUCUAUCGUUACUUAUCAUCAACAGUUCGAUCAUCGAAUUCAACUCCAAGUACGGCCUGUCUCUCCAGUAUAGUUAAGCAAUUAGCGAAAUUUUCAUCUCACGAUGAACUGAUCGAAUACUCUCAACGACCUAUUUCAUACUGUUACCCGAAUCGUAUGAUCGAUGCUUGUUCACCUGAACAUUCAACGCCGGUUGAUAUGAUUCAAACUGCACGAGAUCUUCAUGAUCAAUUAUUAGUUCGUCUUGCGCAUUGUUUGUCCCAUUUUCAAUCGAUUCCAUUUCUUCCCGGUGUUAAUCCAACAUUAUUGGCUUUACAUGAACGCUAUCUGAAACUUUUUGAAAGUCUCGCACAAUUUCGUCAAAUUAAAACAUUGAAAGAUGAAGAAAAAUUCCACGAAUUAAUCAACCGAUUUAUUGUACAAAACAACGAUGUGAUCGGAUUAUUAUCAACAGGCUGUAGUGAAGCACAGAAAUAUUUCAAAAAUUAUGAAACCAUGAAGGAAUUUUUGGAUAAUGUUCUUCAUGUACGUUUGGCCAUGCGUUUACUUGCUGAACAUUAUAUGGAAUUACAUAAACAACAAGCACAGUCCGAAUGGCGUGGAGCUAUUUGUAUGAAUUUCUCACCUGCGAAAGCAGUUCAACAAUGUAUCAAAGAUGUUUCUUCAUUAUGUUUUGAAACCUAUACAGUUGUGCCGUAUAUUCAAGUAGAAAAUUCUAUGCAGGAAUCCAUUCCCUAUUUCCCCAGUAUUGUGGAAUAUAUCCUGCGUGAAUUGUUGAAAAAUUCGAUGCGUGCAAUUGUUGAGCACACGAAAUGUUCAUUGGGCAACAUUCAACAUGUCAAGCAAUACUUUGAAAAACAUCGUGAUACACCACUGUGUACAAUUGAGAUCGCAUCGAAUCCUGUUGAUGAAAAUUUUAUCAUCGCAGUUAAAGAUCAAGGAGGUGGAAUUGACGCAAGCGAUGAUAAACUAUUCACGUAUAUGUUUAGCGGUGAUGUUCCCAAAGAAGAGAAAGAGGAAAAACAUAUCGAUAUCUUAGCCGAUUUUCAAGAACGUAUGACUCAAUCAUCGAAACAAAUGUAUGGCUAUGGAUUCGGCCUUCCUGUUUGCCGCCUCUAUUCGAAGUUUUUCGGUGGAUCGUUAACUCUUCGACAGUCUGAUUAUUUAUGGAUGGCGAUUAUCAGUUCCGGUUCGAAUAAUCCAUCCCACGUGGGUCGACGUCGUCGAAAUGCUUUUUCACUGCCAUUUCAUUUGCUUCAAAUACUCUCUCUGAUAGUCAUUCCAUUUCUAAUCCUAAUGAAUUAUUUGACAUUAUGUGUGAAUGUACCAACGCAUCCAUGGCAGUGGCUAAAUAUUGUUUUUUCUUCGCUUGUUAUUCUUCCAUUUUCAAUUGUUUUUAUUAUUAUAUCCUGUAUUGAUCCAGCUGAUGAACAAGUUAUUCUUAAAAGUCAAGGACCAAGAAUCGAUUUCGAUCGUCGUCAGCAUCCGCAUGUCAUUACUCAAUUGUACUGUCAUGUUUGUUCUGUACAUGUUAGCGAACGAGCCAAGCAUUGUUCAUCGUGUAAUAAAUGUGUUUAUUCAUUUGAUCAUCACUGUAUAUGGUUAAAUACCUGUGUGGGUGGAAAAAACUAUCGACUGUUCUUUUCAAUGUUAUGUUUGAUUGUUUUGGGUACAUUGUUUAUGUUUCUCAAUAGUCUGCUUCAGUUCAUUGGAUCAUUUUCUACUACAUCAUCACUCCAGUUAAAACCAUUCUAUAACACAGAUCAAUAUGCGAUCUUAAUGAUACCAUCAUCACUAGUUGCAUUUCAAGUAAUCACAGCUAUUCUCGCCUUCUUUACACUUGUUAUCUGUGGAUUAGCUUUGUAUCUUCUGGCAUUUCAUGUAUAUUUGUCCUAUCAUGGACUAUCGACCUACGAUUACGUUGUUCAACAUCGAAUGAAACGAACAGUUGAUCAAACGAUCAAUCAGUUCAAUCAACUAAAUCUAACUCAACCGAAUGAAUCGACAGUGAAACAGUCGGAAACGAAUCAUGAAAAACGAAAGAAACGUCGGCAUGGAUCGAGUAAGCAACAAAACGGUACAACGAAUCAAGGACAUACAUCUCCUGUAUACGUUGCCGAAGAAGAUCAUAGAGAUUCUCCUCGUCGUUUGCAAGCAUGUCGAGGUUCACAUCAAGAAGCGUACAUUCUUCGAGCCAUAUCUCAAGUACAUGAUGAACAUUAG